AUGUCUUGGAUGGACUCAUGGUCAAGGCCGAAGAAGAAUGCCGCUACACCGCCUCCACUAUAUUUGACAUCGGACCAAGUGCGCUAUUGCCAUACUUGCGGAAGAGUUAUUGGUGGUCUUGCUACUCAGUAUCACGAUGUUGAAGUAAUGCACCAUGAGACCAGACUUUACUACUACUCUUGUCAAUCAUUCGCUCAUAUGAAUGUUUGUAUCACGAAACUAAAGCUGAUUGGAUACUCUANNGGCUCCAGGAAGUCAAACUCUGCAAAAUCAGCAGCUACAGAAGUGAAGUUCUGCUCGGACAGAUGCAAGAGACACAAACUGCGACCAGCGGAUAAACGCAUCGAAGCAGCCUUCGCCGCCCUCCUUGACGGCCAGGACGCUUCUCAAUUCGCUGCUGUGCAAGGAGACCCAGCAGCGUCUGGAGGAGAAAUCACCAAGACUAUAUCUAACCAAGACAUCGAGAAACCACACGACAAAUACGACUACAGCAAAAGCAAAAGCAACAGCAAGAAGAAGCAGCAGAAAGUCAAGGGCGAUCCUCGUAUCCUCGUGUCAUGCAGCGAGGUGGAGACUUUGGUUUUUGGUUCGCGCGAAGAUCCAGAAAAGACAUUUGGCCGCAAGAAGAACAGAGCUAGACGUGGUGUCGCGGAUGACGAUGUAUGGAAGAGUAUCGACAUGGUGGACUCAGACACAGAUACCGGGACUGCAGAGACCGUCUCUGCAGACGAAGAUGCCAUGGAGGCUGGCGGCGUUAAGCUCUUGGACAAUAGAGGUGUUCCCCUGGCUGAAGCUCUAGAGGGCGAUGCAGAAGCAGACGUGGUCAAGAUCAAGGGCCGUGUAAGGCCCCCACAGUCAGAAUCCGAAGUCAAUGGCUCAGUGGGUGGAGAGAAGGGAUGGGCCGAGCGUAUCAACGAAACGCCCGAGAUGCUGCAGAAACGAAGAGAAGGACAGAGAAGAGCAGAGGAGAAAGAGAUGGUCAAAUGUGCCGCGAGAAGAGCUGUGGUCUUUGGUCUCGCGAGCAGCAGAGUGCUUACCGGAGAAGGCAAAAGGGGAAAGAAAGGAAAGGACGAUGAGGACGGAGAAACUAAGCAGGAAGGAAGACGAAUGUGUGAGGCAGUUAUGCAUGGGGCUGUUGUCGAACCAUCCUACGCCAAAGGAGACUGGUCCAUCAGAUGGCGGGAAGAGUAG